CUUCACACCGCUUCGCCUAGGCUUCGCUCCUUCGGUGCUGCGCUCAUCCCACGAUCUAUCCCCAACCCGGCCUCUGCGCAUCCCCAGCUGCAUGUACCGAGAUGGUAAUCGCAGUCGUUGGCCUAGUCGAUGUAGCCGCCAGCCCAAUCGUAGGGCGUCUGGUGUGACGCCUUAUCCAUUAGCAGAUGAAUUAGGCACUCGUUUCUCUCUUCUGACCGGUGUAGCGGACGGCCACCCAUAAGGCUGAAGAAUUCGACGAAUAGUGGGACAGGUAGCCCGUAGAGUCUAGUCCUGCCCGUUCCACGUGCGCACAGCGCCAUGGCGUCGGUAUCUUCCAUGCCCUCGUUGGAUGGCGUACGGCUGGCUACCCCGGAAGAUUUGGCCAGAAUUGCAACUGUUGCAGCGGCGGGCUUCUUUCACUCGCCAACAUUUCAUUACCAGCGUGUCCAUUAUGCUGCCUAUCCUGACGAUACACUUCUCCGACGUCAUGAAGAGUGCGGUGCUAAUCUUGGCCCGCAAGGGUGCAGUUCGUACUGGAGCGAGUACGACCGAGCCAUCAGAGACGGCACGAGCGUCGUGCUCGUGGCGGAGGACACUUUGGAUGAGACCGAAGGGAACGAUGUGUACCCGGCACUGAGGGAUGCUACCGCUUACACCCCCGGUGCUAGCACUUCGGGGUCGAAGUUAGUGGUAGGCGUAGCCAGUGUCGACAUCAAACCAGGUUCUUCGUAUAUAGGCAUGUUCCAACCUCCGCGCUCCACAGACCAGACGGAUGGCCGUGAUCUUCCCGCCAACGCCCAGCGUGACCUCUGUGAAGAGCGAGUUCGCGCGUAUAAGGAAGCCACCACCCCAGCAAAGAUUCGAUAUCUCCAAGGCCAAAUGAGAUUGAGCACUCUGGCCGUGCAUCCUGCGUACUGGAAUCGUGGACAUGCUACGCGUCUUGUUGGCUACAUUACUCGUCUGGCAGAUCUCGAUGGUGUGCCACUGGGAAUAUCUGCCGUGCCCCAAGGAGCGAUCGUCGCAGCAAGGGCCGGUUUCGAAGAACGGGAACUUGUCCGCGUGAAGCAGGCGUGUGUGCAUAAGGAAACUAACGUGGCAGAGGUCGAGCUGUGGGUUGCAAUUCGCCGCCCGUCGGGAACCCCAGUCUCGGGAGAAAGCUUGGGCGACAAUGCCAUGAGCCCGGAGUCCCAGUAGCAGGUGAACUGUCGCGCUGAUCGGUGAAGAGCUUGGAUCGUUUAAUGUUCAUGGUGUCUCUAGCGGUAGGAUUAGGCCUUCGGGAAUACGCCGCGCGUCGCUCCUUCCUUGCCGUGCGCUCGAGGCAGUCUUGACGCACGGAAUGAGCAACCGUUUGUUCUCCAGGAGCGAGGUAUACCAAAGCUUAUUUGGGGACCGGGCGAUUGGCAAUACUUUCCAAAGACGCGUUUGGACCUUGGAAUAAUACACGGCUGCUUCGGGAUCGUCGAUCUAGCAC